CGGAGCUUGUUGAACGGAUCAUCUUCCAACGUCUAUCACAAAGCAGCGCCGUCAACAGCAUAUCUUAAACGCGACGACUGACAUGAGACAUCCGAGUCUCCUGCUCCGGCUCAAAUAGUAGUUGAAAAGAACAUUGAAGAAUUUGUGGUAGAAUUCAUGGAGAGCCACACUCCGUCAAGGCUCGGUCGUGCCAAGCCAUCUCGUCAUCGAUCGAUGUCAGAGACCUCAAUUGUGUCCAUAGAGCAAAUGUUCUGCUCUAACGAUCCGUAGCUCAACAGAAGGCAAGUGCCAUUUAAUCGAAUACAGUGCACUGUCUCAAAUCUCUCGGAUACCUUCGGGACUACACAAACCCGCAACCAUGCCCGAUCUUGGCUUCGAUCCACUGAACCGCGAGCCACCAACCACUGAGUUGGUUUCAUCAUUUCUCACUACUAAAGAUGCGUAUGAUCGCAACCAUGGCGGUAUACCGGAAAUUGAUGCUUCGAAGCAUCAUGUCAGGGUAGAUGGAGCAGUCGAAAACAUACUGGAUCUUUCAAUAUCCGACUUGCAAGCCCUACCCCAGCACACUGUUGUCUCUGCCCUCCAAUGUGCUGGUAUCAGGAGACAUACAAUGCGCACAGCAAUCAAGGAAGUUCAAGGUAUUGACUGGUUCGACGGAGCUGUCAUGAACUGCAAGUGGCGAGGACCAAAGUUGAAGGAUAUUCUGGAAAAAGCAAAAGUUACUCUCACCGAAGAAGAGAAGGGUCAUGUAGCAUUCGCCAGCCACGUACAACCCUGCCAGGAGGAUGAAUGGUACGGAGCAUCAAUUGACCUCGGAAGAGCUCUUGAGGAAGACAAAGACGUGAUAUUGGCACUUGAGAUGAAUGGAGAAGCACUUACUAAGGAACAUGGAUACCCUGUCCGUAUCGUAGUCCCCGGUAUCGCUGGUGCUAGAAGUGUAAAGUGGCUGGAUAGAAUCACAGUACAGACAGUGGAAAGCUCCAACUACUAUCAGCAGCACGACUACAAGAUCCUUCCGCCAGAGGCAGUCGAUGCUGAGUCGGCCGAGAAAUAUUGGGAUUCGACACCAGCACUUCAGACUAUGCCAGUCAAUAGUGCAAUCGCUAUACCCGAGCCUGGGUCGAAAGUCAAGAGGUCAGCUGAUGGGAAGGUGAUGGUCAAGGGCUUUGCUCUGCCUAGUGGUGAUGGCGGUGCUGUGGUUAAGGUCGAGGUGUCUGGAGAUGAGGGAAGCACAUGGACGGAAGCAGAAAUUGAGCAUGAUGUCGAUGAGAGCAAGUGGUCCUGGAGGUUGUGGAAGGCCGAGAUCAACAUAGAGGCAGGGAAAGGCCUGAAGAUUUACAGCAAAGCGACAGACAAAUCGGGAGACACACAGCCAAAGGUGUCGGAGUGGAAUCUGAGGGGUGUCGCGUACAAUGGAUUCGGAGAGUCGACGGACCUGGAGGUUGUGUAAUGACUGCCAGGAUUGAUAAUGAGGGAUGAUGAGAAAUGCUGUAUAAUUAAUGAAAGAUAUGGUCUGUUUUCUGUUUCAAGAAGGAACCAAG